AUGGCCUCCACGGAGUCACACAACACCGUGUCUCUCGAUGAUCUUCGGGAUGACGCUCCCACUAUACUUGCGGAUUCACUUACGAGCAGGAGAGUGCCUGCUUUGCAACUUAUAAACCGUCUUUUGACGUCGAAGGAAGACCACUCGCUCGUCGACGACAAGACCUUGCUCCAGCACUUGACCACGCUUGUGUUGAAGAGUUACAAUUACUACCAGGACUCGGCAUCGAGGUCGGAGGCUACAUUGGUGCUUGGAAAUCUUUCCAGGUUGGAUCCUGGCUUUGGAAAAGCGUCGCUUAAGUAUAUUCAUGGAGUGGCAGUGAAACUGGGCAACUUGGCCUUGACUGACCUUCUUUCCUUGUUGACAUGGAUCUGUACGCUUCUUUCGGUUGAAAGCAAACGCCAGGACCCGGAAUUGACCGGUUUGUUUGCCACUCAUGCCAUUCUUCUUGGUAGCUGUGCUGGAUCGAGUUUUGAAGGAAACAACAAGAAAAGCACACAUAAGAAAAGAGCUCUUGAGCUGAGUUUGGCUCAGUCAAAGUAUGCGCUUAUUGAGGUGUUGCAACUGGCGUCGCCAGCGUUGAUUGACGAGAUUGUCAAGACUACAAUCACAGAUUCUUCAAUUACUGCUUCCGCAGCUACGCUAUACUUGGCUGUUCUUGCUGAGGCCCUUCAUGAUCUCCAGCCUACUCACCCUGCUUACAUUGCUCAUUUGAAGGAGUCGUCGGUGAAUGCUAGCAUUGUCGACUUUUUCUCUGAAAAGGUGCUUUUGGCUAAAGUCGCUCCUUCUCCAUUCGCUUUGACUCAAUUCACUAAAUGGUACAUUGCAGAGAUCCUCACUCACGAAGACUUCAUCAAUAAGGUUCUUCCGAACUUGGAGAAGGCUAUUUUGCGUUCUUCUGAGAUCGGUUUCUGCCAUCUCGUGGAGCCUUUGUUUUCUGAAAAGACAGAGGCUACCGAUUUGAGCACCGUUUUUGCAUCCUCCAAGCUUCUUGGUCAUACUCUUAGUGGUAUCAAAUCUACAAAGGAGCAUGUCAGGGAUAAGGCUGCGGAAGGAUUGUCUUUGAUUUUGAAAAACGCCUUGCCUUCGGUUUCUGGUGCUGAUUCAGGAAAGAUCGUGGAGGAGAUUGUCAAGGCAUUCAAAGGUACAACCAAUGCUGAAGCCAAGGUUCUCUUUGCCAGAAGCUUGGGCGACUUGCGUGUUUCUGAAGAACAAUCAUCCAAGCUUUUUGCAUCUCUCCUUCCAUUAGUCUCCAAAGAACUGAACGAAAAUAUACUUUCUGCUUUGACUGCUGUCUUGAUCGACAACUACGUGUUUGCAUUGCGUAACAACCAAGCUUUAUCUGCUGACGAUUCAUCUAAGGUCCAGGCACAGAUCAAGACUGGCCUUGCCAACCCUAAGCUUAAUCUUAGGAAGAUCUGGGCACUCCUGUUGGGAGACUCUCUCUACAGAGAACAAGAAGAAAAUGAUGCUGUUGCUAAGCUUUUUGAACUGCUUCUUCCUGAGUUGACCAAGUCUUUGGACGAAGCCAUCCAAUCACCACUCUUGACUGUUUCCAACAAGGGCAUUGCCUGUGCAUACGUUGCUAUCGCCAUUAGUAACCGUUUUGUUGGUAAGAUUGAGUUGGACUCUGCAAAGCUUUUCAAGAAACCACUCGACGACUCUUCUGAGAACUUUUCCAUCUUGUUAAGUCCAAAGGUGCUUGCCAAGCUCAAGGGUCCAGAACAGAAAUGGGCUCUCCGAGCUCUCGUUGCAUCGUUUGACCAUGUCGAGGAAGCAAACACAAAGUAUGGUUCUUCCAUUCUUUUCUUUGCUAUUUCAAGUAACGUUUCUUACGAUGUCCGCAUUGAAGCCUUGACCAGCCUUCGUUCAUUGGUCAGCAAAGAUGGUGCUAAGACCAGUGCCAUGACCAUUCCUGCUCUUCAGGAUAUUUUACGUUCAGCUGAAGACAAGUCUCAGGAAGUCGCCGAGCUUAACCUCGAUUUGAAGCACCUUGCUCAGGUUCUUAAUGCCAUUGUUCAACAGAUCGAACCAGAGUUGGCUGUGAAGAACCUCAUUGAUAUCAUUAUUCCAGCCCACCAUCCUAGAAUCCCAGUCAAGGAGCAAUGGAUUGGUGUAGCCUUGAGAGCAUCUCUUGAUCCUGGUCGUGUUGUUGAUUCUCAUGCUGAUCAAAUCCUUGACCACCUUCUUAAUACCCUUUCUACUUCCAAGAUUAAUGGUGAUAUCUUCAACGCCGCCAAACAGGCCAUUGUCACUGUCGGUUUCGUUAACCCAGAGGUCGCAGCUCCUAAGAUUGCUGAUAUUCUCGAGACUGACUUUGAUACCGCAGCACUUGACGAUUACGACGAAACUACUGUUAAGAUCUGGAAGGCUGCCGAGGAUGAAGUCGUGGUGGAUGUCCUUAGCGACAGCAAACCAGCUGCUCAAGAUAAUAAGAACAGUAAGGACUACGAAACCAGAAAAUGGGAGGAAAGUCUUAAGAAGGAACUUGCUCAGAAGAAGGGCGCUAAGAAGCUCACAAGAGAGGAACAACAGCUUGUUAAGGAGCAAUUAGCCAAGGAACUGGAUAUCCGUAAGGAAGUUGAUUCUCGUGUUCGUGUCUACCUAAGGGCUUUCCACAUUGUUCAUUCUCUUACAAAGGGUCCAGAUAUCUUGACGAAUGGUGGUAGUCGUUGGUUCUUGAAUGCAGUUAACGGUAUGUUGAAUGUUAUCAAGCACCCAUUGUCUGUUGGAAUUUUGGUGAAUUUGCUAUCAAGAUUGAUCAACUAUAGACUUGGCUCCUUGAAGGAGAUGACUGGUGUUGCUAUUUUGAGAGUUCACGAAGUCCAAGGAAUUCCAGAGAACUACUUGCAAUUGUCCUUGAUCGAGUUGUUGAGUAAGGUCUUGUUCAGAGUUAAGAUCUUGGCUGAUGACUGGUUUGACAAGAUUUCCUUCAUUUACGUCUUGCCUAUGCUUACUCAAAUCUUGGUCCAAGGCCGUGAACUAGCUCUCAAGAACUCCAAGAAACGUACAGUUACUUCUGAGUUCGAAGAAGAAGAUCCACAAGAGGAGCAGCUUCUUUUGACUGUCGAUAUCAUCUCCACCUUAGCCCAAUGCUUCAACGACGAGACUAUCACUCGUGACACAAUCCUUAACUCGUUGAUUUCUUUGAUGAAGAUCCCUACAAAGGCCAAGCUUGCUAAGGAGUGCUUCUUGACCAUCUGCCAGCAUAUCUCUGUCUCGCUUUCCAAGUCUGACAUUGAUCUUUUACUUUCAAACAUCAUAACUCCUGAUGUGUUCGUCAAGCAUGCUAUCUUGCAAGGCGUCGACUCUGAGUUUGACUUAUCCGAAGACUUGACUUACUCUAACGAGCUUUGGAUUGCAACUCACGACAACGAUGCAGCUGUUGCUGAACUUGCCUUGACUAUCUGGGAAGACAGUAAGCUUACCCUUGUUGACGAUGCUCCAAACAGACUCUUCAAGUUCUACGGUAACGAAGAUGCUGGUUUGCGUUUGACUGUUGCCAAGGCUUUUGCCUCUUCUGUUAAGUUCCUUAAGAGCUCCAAGCCUGAUAUCUUCAACGUCACUUUGGAGUUGUUGAUCACCCUCUUCUACGAAACAGAGAACCCUCCUCCACCGCCGCUUGAUAAGUUUGGUCUUCCAAUCACCAACCACGCCAGCCAGAAGGAUUCGUGGGAAGACAGAUCUACUGUGGCCUUGACUUUGAAGGAAAUGGCUCCUAUGUUCGAGUCAAAGGAAUCUGCCGAGAAGGUGUUCUACUUCUUGGUCGAGAGAGAGACUUUGGGUGACAAGGAGAGUCUUGUUUGUCAGGAACUUCUCGAGGCUGGUAUUGCAAUCUUAGAGCAGCACGGCCGUACCCACGUUGAAGUAUUGAUUCCUAUCUUUGAAAAGUGUCUUAGUCAGAAGGACGAAGGUUCCAAGAAGCAAGAUCGUAUCAGAGAAAGUGUCAUUAUUUUGUAUGGUACUUUGGGCCGUUACUUGGAUGCUGAAGACGACCGUUUGCGUAUUAUUGUGGAGAGGUUACUUGCUACUUUGGACACUCCAUCUGAAGACGUCCAGUAUGCUGUUUCUGAGUGUAUUGCUCCUCUUGUGAAGUCCAUUGAACCAAAAUUGCAAGACCACCUUGACACUUUGUUCGAGAAGCUUUGGAAGGGCCAGAACCUUGCUAUUAGACAAGGUGCCGCUUAUGGUAUUGCUGGUUUGGUCAAGGGUGCUGGUAUCAGAUCUUUGUUUAGCAACGACGUCAUGAGAAACAUCAUGUCUGCUGCUGAAGACAAGCGUGGUGAACGUAUGAGAGAAGGUGUUUCUUUUGCUUUGGACUGUUUGUCGCAGAGUUUGAGCUCCAAGUUUGAACCAUACGUUAUUGAGGCUCUUCCAAUUAUCUUGAAGUCUUUGGGUGACUCUAGUGCUGCUGUUCGUGAAGCUACCGAUAUGGCUGCCAGACAGAUCAUGAAGAGCAGUACCAGUUACGGUGUGAAGAAGAUGAUUCCUCUUGCCAUUUCUCAUAUGGAUGACAUUGCCUGGAGAACCAAGAAGGGAUCUGUGGAAUUGCUUGGUUCCAUGGCUUACCUUGACCCUACUCAGUUGUCUGCUUCUUUGUCUACUAUUGUUCCAGAAAUUGUUGCUGUUUUGAACGAUUCCCAUAAGGAAGUCAGAAAGGCUGCUGAACAGGCUUUGAAACGUUUUGGUGAGGUUAUUAGAAACCCAGAGAUUCAGGCCAUUGUUCCAGACUUGAUCAAUGCCAUUGGUGAUCCAACUAAACACACCGACCUGGCCUUGGACAAGUUGAUCAAGACCCAGUUCGUCCAUUACAUCGACGGUCCUUCUCUUGCCCUUAUUAUCCAUGUCAUUCACAGAGGUAUGAAGGACAGGUCUGCUUCUACCAAGAAGAAGUCUUGUCAGAUUGUUGGUAACAUGGCCAUUUUGGUUGACAGCAAGGAUCUUCUUCCAUACUUGAACAGCUUGGUUGCUGAAUUGGAGAUUGCCAUGGUUGAUCCUGUUCCAGCUACAAGGUCUACUGGUGCCAGAGCCUUGGGUUCUUUGGUUGAGAAGUUGGGUGAAGAACAAUUCCCUGACUUGAUUCCUCGUCUUAUUGAUACUUUGAAGGACCAGAGCAAGGCUGGUGACAGAUUGGGUUCUGCCCAGGCUCUUGCAGAGGUCAUUUGUGGUCUUGGUCUUGCCAAGUUGGACGAGAUGCUUCCAGACAUUUUGAAGUCUGCUUCUUCACCAUACUCGCAUGUUCGUGCUGGUUUCUUGCCGCUCUUGUUGUUCUUGCCAGUCUGUUUCGGCUCUCAGUUUGCUCCUUACUUGAGCAGCAUCAUUCCACCUAUUUUGUCUGGUUUGGCUGAUACUGAUGAGGAAAUCCGUGAAACCGCUUUGAAGGCUGGUAGAUUGAUUGUCAAGAACUACGCCAACAAGGCUAUCGACUUGUUGCUUCCAGAAUUGGAGCUUGGCUUGUCCGAUUCUUCCUACAGAAUUCGUCUUUCCUCCCUCGAGCUUACUGCCGACUUGUUGUUCCAGGUCACUGGUAUUUCUGGUAAGAACGAGCUUACUGAAGAACAGAGCUCUGUCAACCGUAACCUUGUUGAGGUCUUAGGCCAGGAGCGUCGUGAUAGAAUCUUGGCUGCCAUGUUCGUUUGCCGUUCUGAUGUUACUGGUGUGGUUCGUGCAGCUGCUAUUGACACUUGGAAGGCUUUGGUUGCCAACACUCCUCGUACUGUCAAGGAGAUCAUUCCAAGCUUGACACAGAUUAUUGUCAGAAGAUGUGCUUCUAGCGAUGAGACUCACAGAGUCAUUGCUGCUACUACUCUUGGUGAAGUUGUCCGCAGAGUUGGUGCCAACGCUUUGAACCAGUUGUUGCCAAGUUUGGAAGAGUCUCUUGUUUCUGGCGAUACCGACGCCAAGCAGGGUAUUUGUAUUGCUCUUACAGAGUUGAUCAAUUCUGCUUCAGAGGAUGCUUUGCUUUCCCACCAAGAUGUCUUUAUCAGAAUUGUUCGUUCCUCUUUGGUCGACUCUUCCUCUGAAGUCAGAAAGGCUGCAGCUCUGGCGUUCGAGGCCCUCCAGAACCGUUUGGGUAAGGUUGUCAUUGACGAAAUUUUGCCAAACUUGUUGAACCUCUUGGAAUCCAAGGAAGAUUCAGAGAAUGCUCUUUUGGCCUUGCAGGAUAUCAUGGAAACCAAGGCAGACAUUAUUUUCCCUAUUUUGAUUCCUACCUUGUUGAGUCCUCCAAUCGAUGUUUCCAAGGUCAAGGCUUUGUCUUCGCUUGCUUCUGUUGCUGGACACGCCUUGUACUCUCGUUUGGGCUCCAUUGUCAACACCUUGUUGCAAGCUGUUAUCAAUGCUAAGAAGAACGGUACUCCAGAAGAACAGGAAGAAGUCAAGGAGUCUUUCGACAAGAUCUUGUUGUCCAUUGAAGAUGAUGAAGGUGUUCACCCAAUCAUGCAACAGUUGAUGUCGUUGGUCAAGCACCAGGACUCCGACAAGAGAGCUGCUAUUUGCGAGCGUCUUGGACCUUUCUUCUCCAACACCAACCUCGACUACUCGAUCUACGUUCCAGACUUGGUUACGCAGUUCAUCUUGUCUUUGGGUGACAAGGACCCAGAGGUGGUUGCUGGUACUUUCGAUGCUUUGAGUGCUUUGGUGAAGGCUCAAGACAAGUCUAUGCUUGAGAAGUUGGUCAAGCCUGCUCACCAGUCGUUGUCGAUUGCCGGUGUCAGAGGCGAGGAUUUGGCUGGUUUCACCUUGCCAAAGGGUCCAAGCUGUGUCUUGCCAAUCUUCUCCCACGGUUUGAUGUACGGUAACUCUGAACAAAGAGAAUUGUCGGCUUCUUCCAUUGCUGAAAUCAUUCUGAGAACUCCAGCUGCCAACUUGAGACCAUUUGCUACUACUAUCACUGGUCCAUUGAUUCGUGUUAUUGGUGAGAGAGUUUCAUCCGAUAUCAAGUCUGCUAUUUUGACUGCGUUGACCAACUUGUUGGUGAAGAUUCCUCAGUUCUUGAGACCAUUUAUUCCUCAGCUUCAAAGAACUUUCGUCAGGUCGUUGAGCGAUGUGUCUAACGAUAAGUUGAGACUUGGUGCUGUCAGCGCCUUGGGAGUUUUGAUUGAGUUCCAGCCUCGUGUGGACCCAUUGGUGACUGAAUUGGUCCAGGGUACCAAGAACGCCGAGGACCAGGGCGUCAAGACUGCCAUGUUGAAGGCCUUGUUCCAGGUUGUCAUCAAGGGCGGUAAGAACAUGAGUGAGGCUUCUAAAUCGUCUGUCAUGGCAUUGGUUGAAGAGGAAAUCAGUACUGUCAGCGAUAAAUCUGCUGUCGCCUACGCUCGUCUUCUUGGAUCGCUUUCCCAGAUCUUGUCUACCGAAGAAGCAUCCAACAUUUUGCUGAACAAGAUCUUGAACAAGCGUCGUGACAGUGAGGAAAUGAAGUUUGCCAUUUUGUCUAUCAACUCUUUCUUGAGAGAUGCUCCUAAACAUAUUUUCGAGACUGGUAUGAUUGAGGAAAUUGUCCAUUUUAUUGGCGAUUGUUCCGACAACGUUGUGCCAUAUAUCAGUGACAAUGGUGUUGUUGCAAUUGGUAAAUUGUUGUUGCUUCAUGGAGAAGUUGCAUCGCCUAAGCAAGCCGGUGACGAGAAGGCGUCUUCUCCUUUCGAACUUCCAGAAACGUGUAUCAACAAAUUGGUUCACCAGUUGUCCAAGUGUGCUCUUAAGCCAGAGUCUAACUCUCCUGACUCUAGAAGAUUGUCUUUGGUGGUUAUGCGUACUGUGGCCCGUUUCAAGCACAAGGAGAUUAUCAGCACCCACUUGAACGAGUUGGGACCAUCUGUCUUCUCUUGUUUGAGAGACGGUAUCAUUCCAAUCAGAUUGGCUGCUGAAAAGGCAUACUUGGCUGUGUUCAACUUGGUUGAAGAUGCCGAAAUGAAGGAGUUCAACGACUGGUUCGCAGAGGCAUCCAAGGGAACUAUCAACACUGUUCUUGGAACUGCUAUCCAGCCAAGAUCUAUCGGUGACUACACAAAGAGAGUCGCUACGAGAUUGGCUACUGUUGAAAGAGAGAGAUUGGAAGAUGGAGGAGAUGAUGAAACGUUGUUCAGUGACCGUUACGAAGACGAGAACGAAGUCUGGGCCGUUGGCGGUAACUAA